AUGGCAGGCUCUCGGUGUGACUAUAGAGUGAGCUCAGGACCAAACUCUCUCUCUCCACGCAGUGAUGGGCACAGCUUUACACAUCUGGUGGGAGUUCACAUCAGUGAUCCAACAACUAUACAUACACCUUCUAUAGCAGUGAGUUUGACUCCAAGUCCUAGAUCUACUUUGCCUCCCAGCACGACAGUGAGUCCUACAGAAGUUUCAACUGUUACUUGUACUUUUACCCCAGACACCACAGUGACAACAAAUACCAGGUCGACUGUUUGCUGUACUUUGACCACUGACACCCCAGCGAGUCCAACUGAAAGAGGUCAAAGCUCCACAGAAAGUGAAGUGGAAUCAAACAGUCAAGAAAGCAUUCUGGUGGGGCAAUUAUGGCAGGCAGCAUUGGGUGUGGCUUCUGGAGUGGGCGUGUUCCUGGUAGGAUUGACAGCUGUCUGUUUCUGCAGGAGGACCAAGAAAACCAAUUCUCAGAGACCUACAGCCAGACAGGAUGAUCACAGACAAUAUGAUUUGGUGUCUAUGGGAGCGGUGAGCAGCGGAGUCAUGGUGGAUUCAGGAGAUGCUGGAAUCGAUUCUCAGAUCACUUCUGUACUGUCCACGUUCAUGCCCUCAGGUUUGUCCCUCAGAUCUCGGGACCAUCUGCAAGUGCACAGCUACUGUACAUGCUUAAACUUUGGGCCUAACCUUAUCAACCUUAUCAAAACGCAUAUAUAACACUUAAAACAGAAAUUAAUGUGUCAGAGCAUCAGCAGCGUGAGAAUAGAGCUGUAGAUCUGCAGGGGGGUUUGAGACAUGAGGAGAAGUGUGAAAUGACAUCAAGCCUUGUUACUUGCACUUCUGUUUGGCUGUUACUAAUGGAAUAGGGCAAACUCGACUAAGUAACACACAUGCAAUGUAGACAUGUAAUAUACACAUGAUCCCCCUCAAACACACACUCAUACAAACAUACACAACCUCUUACUCAUGGAAUUGUCUCUCUCUGUGAUGUGCAGGUCCCGUUGAUGUGGAUUCACAGGCAUUUGCAAAUAAACAUAAACACAACAAGUACAACACAAAUGUCCUAUUCAUUGUAUUAUAUUAUAUUGUUAUAUUAUUAUAAUUAUACAUAGCAUUGUUUUCACAGGCAGACUGACUCGAGGAUAAAAGUAUCUCUCUUUCUCUCACUGUGUUUUGACUUUCAGUCACAUCCUCAUAAAAUACCCCUUAUUUAUUCAAUUUACUGUACUGUAGAUUCAAAGCCCUAAACUGAAUCUGUUUCUUUUUUCUAGUCUGAUACGUACCACGUAUACAGCUCAAUCCCCGACAGACCAGCAACCUCAGCCCAGCCGGAUGGGUUGUACAGUCUGCAGACACACUGAAACUACACCUCUGGCUUUCUGUAUCUAUGUCUCACACAUGUCACAUGUCACAUUCUCACACGACAUCCUUUAUUAUCACUCAUCCAGUUACUGUAAAUAAGUUGAUUAACAGGUAAUAUUUAUACUGUAUUACACAUGGACAACUGGUUUCUGUUACAUGUCUAUCCAUAAUAUCUGUUACUGUGUUAAUAUUUACAUUUUGGGGAUUUUGGAGGGGUCCGGGGCAUACUCCCCUUUGAGCAUUUUUCUUAUUUCUUCUCCCUAGUAAAUGCUAAAUCUACUGUAUUUAAGUAUAUUAUGUUGACUGUUUGAUACCUUCUUCCAUAACAGUUGGAUACAAUUAAUUUCCUAUUGGGCAAAACAUAAUCCAAAACACAACCAAAACAAACUGCAAAUGCAUACAAACUCAAGUUUGUUCAGUCACAAGCUUGAUGCAUUUAUUGGUUGCAAAGAAUAUAGGACCAAAAUACAUCAUGCUUGACUACUUUAAUACACUAUAAAUGAAUUUGUCCAAAUACUUGUGACUUCUUGAAUUGGGGGGACUAUAUACAUAAAGUGCUUUUUUAUCUAAAUGGUAAAACAUACAAUACCUUUAGAAAGUAUUCACACCCCUUUACUUUUUCCAAAUGUUGUUAUGUUACAGCCUGAAUUUAAAUGUAUGAAAUGUAGAUUUUUUU